AUGUCGACUCCGAAAGGUCGCUCUCGCCAGGGUGAUCCAAUGGCCGCGAACAAGUUGGUUGAAAUCAACUACGAGGCCAAAGAAGCUGCCAGGGCCUUGAAUGGCGGUACUCUACCCUAUUCCCCUGCGCUUGUUACCUCGGACUUUCCUCACAAGUACGAAUGGAGCAAGGAAAAUCUGCCUGCUGUGUUGUUCUACCUUGUUCCUCCACCAAGUCCAUACAGCGACAAGCCAAUCGAAAUGCUGUUCGAAAACGGCAAGCCUGUCCUCAAUACAGAAGGUGCUCAGCUGCGGGAUUUCGAAGUAUUGCCUCGCCAAAUCAGCGUCGACGUUGAAGGCUGGCUCAUCGAGACCUGGCGCCGUCUAGACCCACGGAUCAAGUUCAGUGACAUCCUCGACCGCAUGACUGCCGACCCAACCUAUGGUGGUGGAAUUGGUCUUGUCAAGCCCUCCUCCAACAUCCUGCAAAACCACUGUCGUCGAAACUGUCGAAAGCUACUGAAGACCUCGAUGGAGCGCUCGAGCAGAGAUGAGCCACAUCGUACAGAAGUAGAAGCCUUGGAGAGCUUGACUCCCGAGAACCUCACUUACAACACUGUCUUGGAUGUUUGUGAGCUUUUUCCCGAUCGACUUGUGAAGGUCAAGUUGGCUCAAGACACUCCGAUCGGUCAGCUCCGUGCUGAAAAGUACAAAGUCACGUCCGAAAACUGGAAGCACACCACCCUGGCUAAGGAGUACUUCCUCCGGGCUGUAGCUCUGCGGGGCUAUCAAGCCAUGGAUGAUACCAGACUCGCAGCGUGGGAGAUGCUCCUGCUAUUACAAGAGCGUGCUGACAAGCACGGUCUCGUCCACUGGUCUAAGCUGCCAAAGACGUGCCUCCCUGUCUCUUGGUUCGACCGCACCCGCAACAAGACUCUUCCGAACGACACCUUUGACGGGGGCUGCAACGUCUGUACUUGGAAACCGAGUGUCGGUGGAGACGAUCAAAAGACUGCGACCGACUUCAGGAAGGAAAAGCCAGCUGUGAUGAAGGUACUGGCCAAAAGACGAGCGACAGAUACGGAGGACACAAACGGCGAACGUGCCGCGAAGCGAAUCAAGACUGAGCUUCCAGCUUAUGAGACGCCGCAUGGCAAACAGGUCAUCCACGACCAAAGCUUGUUCUACCAAACACCACAGUUUGUUCAGCAGCCUAUCCACGAUCCAAGCCUGUUGUACCUAACACCACAGUCUCGUCAGCAUCGCGGUGCUUUUGAAGAACCAGUCUGGUUGUGCCAUGGACACCCGCCGCAACAACCGGUCUUUGAAUUCAACUUCACCCCUGUCCCUGCACCAGCAACGCCUACACCUGUCAAUCACUAUACCAUUGGGGACACGCAGUCUGAUCUGUGUGCUGUAAACGACCCAGAACAACUGGCCUUGGAAUUCACCUUCAGCCCGGCACCAGUAACGCCGCCGACGCCUACACCUGUCAAUCACUAUACCCUUGCGGACACACAGUCUGAUUUGUGUGCCGUCAACAACCCGCAACAACCGGCCUUUGAAUUCUCCUAUAGACGUGCACCAGCGAUGCCGCCCACACCCACGCCAACACCUUUCAAUCACUCUACCGUUGCGGCCACACCACGGGUUGAUUUGCGUGCUGUCAACAAAUCUGUGUCUGGAAACGGAAACUUGUUGUAUCAAGUGGACGACGGUCUCAACUUGGAUCAAAGCAUUUAUCCUUUGUGGUGAAUGACUUUCUGUUUUAUAUCGCCAAUGUCCUCCGUGUGAUUGUGGCGAUUGAACUGCAGGCGACUAAACUCUCGCGUGGUUCUACCUUUGCGGCAGUCAUCUCAGUGUCUUUCCUGGUCCUUGUCCAUACGUCGGAACCUUUGUUCAUUGAACCAUUCUGGGCAUGAGCUUUGAAGAGGAAGAUAUAAAUCAUCUAGUUCUGGCUGGGCGCAGCCAUGCCGUUCCAUUUGCUGUCUCAGGGACAGCAUGAUGUCAGGGUCUAUGCAUUACUGAUGCCUAGGUGGUUGGCCCAAAGAAACUUGAAUCGGUGUGGUGGUCUGGUGUUUGUUGGACUUCUGCACAGGCAGCGGUCUCAGACUCUCAGAAGUGUCAUAGCUGCACAGCCAGACAGGAGUUUUGUUCAUACUGGAAGCGGAAGCAAACACUUCUUUUUAGGGCUAGAUGAGAAAUUUUAUUGUGAACAUGAUUCUCUCUUUUUAGUAUGGUAGGGCAGUAGUAGCAGCAGUACUAGUAUAGUAGGAAAGUAGGAGGGGAACGAACAACGACUACAAUGACGGUUUUUCAAGUUUCCAA